GCAUAAUAAAAUUGAAUGAUUUUUGAAAUUGAGUGUUUCUUGAAAUUAAAUGCUUAUUUUAAGUUUGAACGCGCUUUUGACAGAUUUACUUCUGUUGAUUAAAAUGGGCGAUAUAAGGAUGUGCCCUUUCCUAGUGCUGACGUCACUUUCACCAGUCGUCUAACCGGAGUCAUGGGCCUUCAAUACAUUUUUUUUCUUAAAACUCUUUUCAGUAAUCAUAGCUUCUUUCUCCCCACUCUUCAUAUAUACAUAAAAUGGCUCAAGAUUUGCCUCCCGCCCAAGGUUUCCCUGAAGUUAGAUACCGUCGUUACUUGCCCAAGCGUGGACCUUCCGGUCUCGUCACUCUUCUUGGUCUUACUGCUAUUUCAGCUUUUGGUUUCUACAGAGUUGGUCAAGGCAAUCUCGAAAGAAGAGAAUUGAAGCGUGAAAACAUUUGGUCACGUAUUUACCUUACUCCACUUUUGAUUGCUGAAACUGAUCGUGAUAGCUAUCGUCGUUCUGAAGCCGCAAAGGCUCGUGAAGAAGAAAUUAUGAAGGAUGUCGAAGGUUGGAAGGCCGGAGAAUCAGUUUAUAACAACACCAAAUACUACACUGCACCAAAGUUUGUUAUUGUUCCUGAAGAGAAUUAAAGCAAUUGUCAAAAGCGAUAUUUUUUUUUCUAUUUU